AAGGACCAAGGAGAAUGUGGGAGUUGUUGGGCAUUCUCUGCAACGGGGGCGAUGGAAGGGAUAAACGCCAUAGCUACCGGGGAGCUUGUUAGCCUCUCGGAGCAGCAGCUCAUCCAUUGUGAUUCAUGGAAUGAUGGGUGUGAAGGAGGGUAUAUGGGGUAUGCAUAUGAAUGGGUUCUGCACAAUGGUGGGAUUAGUGUAGAAGAGGAUUACCCAUACAGUGGCAAGGAUGGGAAUUGUUCUGUCAAACAGGGGGGAGUCAAGAAUGUGACAAUUAAUGAGUACAAGGAUGUUGCACAAGAUGAAAGUGCACUGCUUUGUGCUGUGGCAAAGCAGCCUGUUAGUGUGGCAAUUGAUGCCUCUGCACUUGAUUUUCAGCUGUAUAGUGGUGGUAUCUACUAUGGAGAUUGUUCGGAUGAUGCGGAUGAUAUAAAUCAUGCGGUUUUGAUAGUUGGUUAUGGUUCAGCAGGUGGUCAGGACUAUUGGAUUGUAAAGAAUUCUUGGGGAACAUCUUGGGGGUUGGAAGGGUAUGCAUACGUAAGGAGGAAUACUCAUUUGAGAUAUGGUGCUUGUGCAAUUAAUGCAAUGGCAUCAUAUCCCACUAAAGAUUUUUCAUUGCCACGGUUGCCUAAACCGACUUCGGGAGGUUUGGUCCCGUUACUUUCAAAUUCGUCUAUAAGUGUUGAGACGUCUAAGUCCCAUUCACUAUCGGGCAUAGCUCCGUCUCCCCAGCCAUCUCCUAAGCCUUUUACCCCGCCUCCUCCAUCUCCUAUUGCUCCACCUCAAUCGCCUCCCCCGAUUCCUCCAACUCCGCCAUCCCCAAGGCCUCCAUCGCCGAUUCCAAUUUUAACACCUCCACCUCCUUCGUGUCCACCACCUUAUACUUCACCUCCCCCACCAGUGCCUAGUCCACCACCUCCUAGUUUGCCACACCCACCGCCUCCAAGCUCACCCCCACCACCAAGCCCACCUACACCAUUACCACCACACCCAAGCCCACCUACUCCGUCACCACCACAUCCACCACCACACCCAAGUCCACCUCAUCCGUCACCACCACCUAGCCCACCCCCUCCGUCACCACCACCGCCACUGCCAAGUCCACCUCCUCCGUCACCACCACACCCAUCACCUCCACCACCAAGCCCACCUCCUCCGUCACUACCACCCCCAUCGCUACCACCACCAAGCCCACCUCCUCCGUCACUACCACCCCCAUCGCUACCACCACCAAGCCCACCUCCUCCGUCACUACCACCCCCAUCGCUACCACCACCAAGCCCACCUCCUCCGUCACUACCACCCCCAUCGCUACCACCACCAAGCCCACCUCCUCCGUCACUACCACCCCCAUCGCUACCACCACCAAGCCCACCUCCUCCGUCACUACCACCCCCAUCGCUACCACUACUAAGCCCACCUCCUCCAUCACUACCACCCCCAUCGCCUCCACCACCAAGCCCUCCGCCCCCAUCGCCUCCACCUCCAAGCCCUCCGCCUCCAUCACCUCCACCACCAAGCCCUCCGCCCCCCUCACCUCCACCCCCAUCACCUCCACCUCCAACUCCAAUCCCACCACUUCCUCCAAUUCCACCAGAGCCUCCAAUUCCACCAAAGCCUCCAUUGUUGUGA